AUGUCUCCCGACUACAAGAAAUUCGGAGACAAUAGCGAAGAGGCUUACAUCACACAGAUGAUUCCCGAGAACAUGUACUGGUCUGGAGUGGCGGAUGAGUUGGAGGAAGAAAGGAAGAUAGAAAGGGCCACUGUCGCUGCCGAAGAUGGAAAGAACGAAUUACUUUCUGACCUAUCCGAAAAGUCCAAGCACGAAUCUGCUAGUAGCAGACACAACACUGACAAGAUGUAUCUUGCACCGACCCCGAAUCUCGGCAGCCCAGGUCAUACAAAUGAUCCUACACAGAAGUCUUUGAGCCCAAAUCGAACUACAUUGUCUGUCGCGUUACAACAGCCUCUAGCUCAUUCGGCUCUCAUCCAACUCGCACCUUCUCUUGUUCACGCCUUGCAAGAUCUACCUGAUAUCUCAGACUACAUUCAUAUUUUCACUCCAGAAUAUUUCUCGGAAAGCUAG